AUGAGCGACCUCCAGUUCGCGAAGCAGUUUCUCACGUCCUUGGACAACAAACCCAACAAGUACCAGCCCGACCAUGUCUUUGAUCCACAAACGUUUCAGAUGCGGUUGCCGUAUACAUUGCCGAAGCUCUCGACACCACCGCACCCACCGCCGCCCAAGUCAGUCCCUGUCACCGCCGCGGCGCCAGGCUCGCAGCCCUCCACGCCGACCCUCACCCUGACAUUGAAAUCGCCACGCAACCCCAACGUGACUCUGGUGAUCCACUCCGUACCGCCCGCGACGGCGACGAUUCAAGAUCUUAAAGAGCAAAUCCAGACGUCCCUGGGCGGGCCGGGCGUGGUCCAUCUCGACAAGAUCAAAUUGCUGUUGAACAAGAAGCCCAUACCGCCCAGCAAACGGACCGUGGCCGAGGCCCUGGCCGGGUUGGGGACAGGAUCGGACGUGGAGUUCGGGGUCAUGGUCAUGGGCGGCGCUCCCGACCCGCCCCAGACGCACAUCACAGUGUCUCUGAACAACGAGACGACCACGUCGAAUGCAACCUUGACGACGACGGUAGCGGGGACGGGCGGUAAGCCGACCGAGAGCAAGAAAACAGGUGGUGCAGAGGGGACGCCUAUGGAAGGUGUACAGUCGGCAACGUCGAGUGUCCUGGAGUCACAGGAGUUUUGGGAUGAUUUGCAAAAGUUUCUGGAGCAGCGGAUAGGGAGUUCCAACGAGGCGGGCAAAUUAAGAGGCACGUUCGAAAGGGCGUGGAGGAGUGCAAUGGAUAGGCCAUGA